CAUUACACGGUCUAUUAGUUAAGUCAAUUACCUCAUGGUCGUUCUUCUAGUAUCGAUAUUUCUCUUCGGCGCGCUUAGCUUCCGCAUUUUCUCAUUAGACCCGGUUCCCGGUUCCCGGUUACUUAUUGCGCCAAUCGACAUAGACAACAUAGACUAGAUGUCAACUGUCUUAACAAGCCGUUCUCCGGAAGCUACUCACAUAUCUAAAACACCGACGCGGGAGCUCAUAUCCCUCCGAAUGCAAACCCGGUUGCUCGACCCCUUGCCAGGUAUUAGACCAAAAACAAACUAUCUUGAUUAAAGCCUUUCAUUCUGAGCUAGCAGCACAUCUCAACAAUUAUAAGAGCAUAGCAAAACUACCUAUUUUAACCUAUUCUUUUCAUGGGUAAAUUCAUAAGUAUAAACCGACGCUAAGACCUUUCGUCCACAAGUCGCGGUGUCGCGUAAUCCAACGCGUUAGUCGUGAGCGUUGUAACGAUGACAUCGUCUCUACUUCCACCAAGAAGCCGAAAGAGACUGGAUCAAUCUAUACCACCCCUCCUAAGACCUCUUAUUCGGGCCUAUGUCUUAGGCUACACUUCCACUGUUGCACCAAGGCUCCUCACGUUGAUUCUCCAGCAUGUAACUAGAAGGGGGAGAGACAAGGGUGUUGCCACUGUCACACAACCCCACGACUCCUUCAUCUCAUCCCUGCAACGUAUCGUGCGUGGGGGACUAGAACUUCAAAGAUUUCCGACUUUCUGUGCGGCCCUCGUAGGCGGAACUACGUUACUAGAGGUUUUACUUAGCAGAGCAUUGAGUCGUCUAUGGGAGGGCCAGCUCCCUACCCCGAUCCUAAAAAGGCAAGUCCGGAGCUCUAUGACAACUAUGUAUGAAUGUUUCAUUGGGGAAGCUUGGCAUCAGCAUACUGCCUUAGCGCAUAUCCCAACCCAUCAUCACUUGAGACGUCCAACUAACCUUCAUUCAACUAGACUUUCAAGAUGGUUAUCGACAUUCGUUGCGGCCUGGCUCAGCCUCCGGUUACUGCAGUCAAAGAAGAGCGAUAGCUUCUCAGAAACGAUCACUAUCAACCCAGAUGAUCCGCAAACCGUCAAGCAAGAAACGGUACGGUAUGCUGGACGAACUCUAGACUUGACCUUGUUCGCAGUUACCAGAGCUCUUGAUGUGAUAGUCAGUGAGGCAUGGUCCCGGAGAGGACAACGCAGGGUUGCCACCAGCCAAUGGACUUGGGUUGAAUCUUUGAUAUCGAAGUUAGCUGACCCAACUAUCUUCGCCACUUCUUCUGCCCUUAUUAUGUGGGCGUGGUUUUACUCACCUUCACAACUACCUAAAACAUACACGAAAUGGAUCAACUCGGCCGCAGCGGUAGACUCCCGCCUUAUUGAAGCACUUCGGCGUUUCCAUAAAGGGGAGCUUCGAUACGGUGAGGAAACGGGACAAGCGCCGCUCCUCCAAUCAAUGUGCGUAGACUAUAAAUGGCCGCCGGCGUGGGGCGAUCCUGCCAAAUCCAUCCCGUUUCCGUGCGAAAUCGUGCAUAUGGGUUGCGGGCCGUCUUGCGAAUACCACGCCCUAUCCCGUUUCUACCGAUCCUUCAAGUGGUCUAUGAUGACGUAUCUACCCCUAAACUUACUAGCCCGGAAGAAGAACCUUGAGGGGUUUCGAACCGCACUUCUAUCCGCAGCACGCUCGUCGUCAUUCCUAGCCGUAUUUAUUACCCUUUUCUACUACGGAGUGUGCCUAGCGCGAACGAGGUUUGGCCCGCACAUCGUCGGGAAAGAUACGCAGUCUAGACAAAUUAUCGACGGGGGUGUCUGCGUCGGAACUGGCUGUUUCCUGUGCGGAUGGAGCGUCCUCGUAGAGAAAGCCGCCCGCAGAAAAGAGCUAGCACUUUUCGUUGCGCCCAGAGCUAUGGCAACGCUCUUACCGAGGCGGUAUUCCCUUGACAAGCAGUGGAGGGAGACACUCGUCUUCGCUUUUAGUACAGCGGUGGUGUUCACGUCCGUAAAAGAAAAUCGGGGGAGCGUACACGGUAUGUUUGGGAAAUUCCUAGUGGCGGUUUUAGAGCCAUGACGGGUUAUUCGGCACCCAUCUAGCUUUGGAGGCUCUUAUUAUUUUUAUUUAAAUGUUGUAAUAUUACCCGACUAAGGGGGUGAUGUACUUCUAAGGCAAUAUUGCAUUGGGUAGAGGAAAAGCAUCAAAUGGAAUACAUGGAGCUUAAAAG